ACCCCCACUAAACCAACUGAGCCACAGCCCCUGCACCUUUUCCACCAUUCUCCUGUAGACUUGUUGCUUGGAUCAUUGUCGUCUUGGCAAGCUUGAGUUGGAUUUGUGCUGAUAUGGUGUGUUUGGUUUUGUCCAAAUGUGUCACUGUGCAUUAUGCGUGUAACACACAUCUCAACAGCCAAAAUGUCUGAUGUUAUAGAGGUGCUCACUUGGAAGCAGUCAGCAUCAAAGCUGGACAGAUGACCUGCCUCUGUGUCAGAUGUGUGGGGUCGGAACAGCACCCAACUGUGUGUACGGCCCUGAUGGCAAAGGAACUCAGAGCCACCCCAACGAGGACGGACACCUCAGGUUCAGAGGUGACGAUGGCUGUUUCCUGUACGGGGUUUUUAAUGGUUAUGAUGGCAGCAGAGUGGCCAACUUUGCUUCCCAGUGUCUGACAGCGGAACUGCUCCUGGGGCAGCUAAACUCCGGUCACACAGACAACGACGUCCGCAGGAUCCUCACACAGGCCUUUGAUGUGGUGGAGAAGAGCUACUUUGAAACCAUAGAUGAUGCUCUGGCUGAGAAGGCUAACCUGAGCAACUACCUCCUACCGCACAAUGAGAAUGUUCCAUUCCACCAGCUUUCUCCUCAGAGUCAAAAGGUGAUGGAGCGGCUGAAGGAGCUAGAGCAGGAGGUGUCAGGAGGCGCCACGGUUGCGGUGGCGCUCAUUCUCAAUAACAAGCUCUACAUUGCAAACGUUGGGACGAACCGAGUCCUGCUGUGCAAGUCCAGCAGUGACGGCCAGAACCAGGUGCUUCAGAUCGGUCGACCGCACAGUACUGACAACGAGGAUGAGCUGCAGAGACUGGCUGCACUGGGACUGGAUUCAGCUCGGAUAAGACAAGCGGGCCAGAUAGCGGGACAGAGCAGCACCAGAAGGCUUGGAGACUACCGAGUCAAAUUUAACUACAACGAGAUUGACCUGCUCAGCGCGGCCAAGUCAAAGCCAGUUGUUGCGGAGCCAGAGAUUCACGGCGGCCAGUCUUUGGAAGGCGUCACAGGCUUCUUGUUGCUGAUGUCAGAGGGACUGAUAAAUGCCCUAGAGUCCGCCCAUGGUCCUGAACAGGCUAAUCAGGAAAUUGUUGCCAUGGUAGCAGCAGAGCUAGCCCAGCAGACCAGUCUGGAGGCGGUGGCUCAGUCUGUGGUCGAUCGGGUCAAGCGGCUUCACCACGAUGUGUUCGUGUCCGGCCGUCAGAGGGCGACUUACUGCUCUCGACACGAAGACAUGACCCUGCUCAUCCGCACGCUCAACUACCCACUGGCUGAUGCAGCGCUCACGCCCACGCAGGGCGGCCGUGUCUGUCCCGUGUCUGUGCCCUACUUAAACAGCCAGAGCACCAGUAAAACCAGUGUCACCCUCUCGCUGGUCAUGCCCUCACAAAGCACCCUGACCAAUGGAACCAACACGGCCUCCACCCUGGAGGAAGGCACCCCCACACCUGGCAGUCAGAGCCCCACAGCCACUCUGCAGUCCACCAACACCCAGACGCAGAGCUCCAGCUCCAGCUCAGGAGAUGGAAGCCUGUUCCGCCAGAGAGGGAGUCAAGCGGCGCAGCCUGACGAGACGGGCAGGGUCCCGCCCUACGUGGACUUCAGUCAGUUUUACCGACUGUGGGGGAGCGACCAUGGCGAUGGCCAGAGCAUGCAGGGAGGCCUGGGACCGCAGUGAGACCCACUGGAGUUUCCAGCAAAGCUGGCACAUGGAUUUUUAAAGGGACAAGUAUUUAGGCACGUGAUGGGAUGACUUAUAAUAUCCUGUUAAUGUAAUGUUACUACAUAUAAGUGACCUAAAGGUGCAUGGGGAUGAACUUCUCAACAGAAGUUGAAGACAAUGAAAUGCUGGGAAAACAUUGUCACUUCACUCCAAAUUGAUGUUUGGUCAUUUGUAAAAGACAAAGGUGAGUGAGUGAAUCUAUGUAAUCCAGAGUAAUUAUUGUCAGAUGUAAAGACACCAAAAGGGGAAUCUCAUGGACUGGGAAGCUUGUGGAGCUGUGAAAUCACUCACAUACUGUAAGGCCUUAAAAUUGAAUAAAUGAAUGCUUUAUAAAGUACUGUUUAAGUUGUAAUGACAGUAUAUCUCCAGAUUAAUUCCCAUCACCUUUAAUUUUCCCAAAUAGUUCUUCAAUAAUUGAUUGCUUUGACGUCCUGGCCUUCAUUAAACGCCUCAAAGGUCUGCUUAUAUGGUUGUUAUGACAGCAACUAAUGUAACUAGCGGUCACACCUGCAUCGUUGUGUUGUCAUUUCCGCCCAGAGGUUUAUUCAGGGAUUGACAGUUUAGAAUAUAAACAUAGCAUGUACAGGAGGGCUUAUUAGGGAUUUCAUCAUGAUAUUAGUUUUAACCAGCUACCAGCUGGGACUGAAGCUGGUAAUAAAGAACUUGCUUUAAAGUGGACCUAUGAUGGUUUUUAUCUACCACGAGUUCUUAAAGUUGUGACACUGUGUAAAAUGUAAAUAAAGUUGAAUGAAUUUGGAAAUGUCAUAAACCCAUAUUUUAUCACAAUAGAACACAGUAAAAAAUAUCAACUGUUUCAACUGAAAUAAAAAUUACCGUUUUAGAAAAAAUCUUAGCUCAUUUUGGAUUUGAUGGCAGGGCCAUGUUCACCACUAUGUAGCAUCUCUUCUUUUGGACUUCUGGCAGAGGAAUAUUGUCCCAUUCUUGUCUGAUGGAGGACUCCAGCCCGGGUCUGCUUUGUUCUGUUUUUGUUUGACCAUGUGCCACUUGAUUGUUGAUGAAAGGUCAGCCCCCAAACUCAUCUACUACAAAGCCAUACCGUUCCAGUGGCUGCAGUUUUGCAUUGUCUUUCUGAACUACGCAGUCCUUCCCUAAAAAAAGGUGGUCUGGAUGGGAUCACAUGUUGCUCUAGAACUGAGCACUGGUAACAAGCUAGAUGUUGAGGCUGACCUCAGAACAGUUUUCUGCUUGGUCUGAGCCCAUUUUAAAUGAGCGUUGGCCCAGAGAAGACAGCAGUGUUUCUGGAUCACGUUCACAUAUGGCUUCUCUGCAUGACAGAGCUUUAACCUGCAUUUGUGGAUGGCACAGUGAACUGUGUCCACAGGCGGUGACUAAUGGAAGUGUUCCCGAGCUCGUGCAGUGAUUUCUCGUGUAGACUCGCGCCUGUUUUAAUGCAGUGCCGUCUGAUGGCCCAAAGAUCAGACAUUUGGUAUCGUUUUGGCCUUGUCCCUUGCGCACAGAGAUUUCUCCAGGUGUUCUGAUUCUUGUGAUGAUAUUAUGUACUAUAAAUCAUGAGAUAUUAAAAAUCCUCACAGGUUGAGGAUCAUUACUCUGAAAUUAUUUAACAAUUUGUUUAAUUUUUUUUCUCAAGAUCAUGCAAAUGCAGGUGAACCUCAGCCUCUCUGACCUGUUGGCAAAUAACCAAAUUAGCUGCAAAAUAUUUCUCCAAGCUUUUUACUUCCACUUUAACUUUUUGUUGCCCAACCUUUUUAAGACAUCUUAAAAUAAGCUCAAAAAAGGUUGUUUUUCCUCAGUACAAACAUUUAAUUUGUUUUUCUGUGUUCUGUUAAUAUAAAUGCUGGUUUAUGAGAUUUGCUAAUCAUUGCUUUCUGUUAUUGUUUACAUUACACACAGUGUCCUAACUUCUUGGGUGUGUGUGUGUGUGUGUAUACACACAUUUUUAAAAUGCUGGAUACACAAGUUUCAAAUAAUUCGGUCCAUGUAUGUGUAAGUUACUGACAACUGUUGCUAAUAACCAAAGGUCUUCAGCAUCAGCCAUGAACACUUUUAGUGGUGAUGUAUAAUAAGACACGCUUUACGUAUGAGAAAUACGUGAGCUGGACUAUAAUUACAGUUUGGAGUCUUGCAUACGAAGUGUGGGCCGCUCCAUCAACAUGACAAGGAACAGGAACAGAGGAAGAUCUGACUCCAGCAGCUUCGUGGGACAUUGAUAGAUGGUGCGCAUAGUGACUGUAAAAGCAGCACACUGUGCUCGCAGUGCAUUGAAGUAAACACUGAUGUGUAGCGGUGUGAUAGGUAAGGCUGGGGAGGAUCUAGAAGAAGAGCUUAGUGAGAUUAGUGGAGCAAAUGGAGCCAUCCAUAAAA